AAAAAGAGUUUGUGUUCACUGGGUCAUAUCAUAAUGACACUGUUUUACUGUGGUAACUGAUCUCUCUGUCACCUCCUGUUACCAUAGAGCUCAGGAGUACAAUUACAGCUGCAGAGACACCUUACACACACACACACACACACACACACACACACUUUCUGUCCUUUCCACACUCACCUUGAAGCCACUGCACAGACCAAACGGCUUCACUGAAGAAGUGUUUUCUGAAUGUACAGCUGUAAAAUGUUUGAGGUCAGCACUUACGGUUGAUGUUUGAGGGCCGCGUUUCAUGUCACACACACUUCUGGGGUCCCUGAACCCCCAUGAGAGGAACCACGGACAUAGACACCAGUGUGGAGCCUCCCACUGCUGCCGGCGGUCAGCUGGGCGCAGGUGCAGGGGGUUUGCCGUUCUACCGUGAGCUGUGGUUCAUUGUGCUGAUGGCUGGACUCGCGCUAUUGCUGUUGGCUCUCAUUCUGGCUAUAGUUUUACAGAAGGCUCUCAAUAAACCGCCGUUCACCCGAGAACGGCCGCCCCUCGUACCAGUGCCGCUCCAGCGCCGCAGCCCGCUGGCCAUCUACCCACCCAGCAACUCCUACCUGUUCGACACGGUUCCAGAAACGGUGGGAUCUCCGAACACCGUCACACUGAAGGCCUUCACUAUGCACAUGGAGGAGGUGAUUGAGAGUAAAGUGAUGGAGGACGAUUGUUCUGCUGACGGUGAGGGGGUUUGGUGACAGUCUCAGGUCUGUACACACAAAACCCUUUACAUCGCAGCGUCAGCCAGCUCAUCGACAAGAAAGAUGAGGAAUCAUGGGAGCCGCACUUCAGACGCCUCGACAGCGGCCUGUUUGAAGGUGAGGAGUUUGUGGACACCAUCAAAGGCUUCAGCACAGUCAGGAAGGAACACACCAUGUUCACCGACACCAACCUUUGACCUUCACCGUGACCGUUGACCCUCAUCUCACGUCAUCAGCACUUUCUCCAAACAUCAUCUCAGAACUGAGGGGAAAAUGAACUGAGCUGUUUUAUUGAAUUCAGAACCGCUCUGGGACUCUAUGGACUCGUACCUGGAGGAAACUGGAUUAUACAGCAGACAAAAAAAAAAAAGUUCACACCAAUAUAUGAAUAUAUGAAUAAUGCUUUAUGAGGGCAAACAAGCAUUGUUUAACUUUAGCUUAGAAAACCUCAACUUCUUUGCUCAACUUCUUUGCUUUUGCUUUUUUAUUUGAAAAAAGUGUAAUUUUAUGAUGAAUGUAAUGUUUAAGCAAUAAGCACAAGACCCUACUUCAUAAUAAAGAUAUUAAACAUAAAACUUUUCAUUAAAACGUAUUAUGUUAAAAGUCACAAUCCAUAACAUUUACGCAGAAGUUAAUAUUUGGUCUCUGCUUAGUCAAGGACUUCAGCAGUUUUGUAGUAAU